UGUAGUGUGUGUGUGCGCGAGUGUGUUUGUGUGUCUGAGUCUGGAUAGGGGAGGAGAGCAACGGGUUGGAAUAGGAGUGCCGAGUGGAAUACAACACUAUAGGCCUGUGGUAGUUGUGUUCAAAUAAAUAAAAAAAUAAAUUAGUGAAAAUCUUACUUUCACACUCCAAAGACUUCAGGACAGCCAGUAGUCUGUCUCAUGGGGUUUAACCUGCAGAUAUUGGCAAAUCGGAAAUAUCAUGUGGACCUCAUGAGCACACUGUAUCGGCAGCAACUUGGUAUAGUACAAAUGCCCUUAAUGGUUGUUUCUGUGGUAGAUGUGUGAGGGCCUUGUGCUGCAUUCCUAGUCAUGUCUCAAAUGCUGCAUAUUGAGGUUCCUAACUUUGGAAACACUGUUCUUGGCUGUCUGAAUGAGCAGAGAUUGAUGGGACUGUACUGUGAUGUUUCAAUCGUUGUCAAAGGCCAAUCCUUCAAGGCACACCGUGCAGUUUUGGCAGCCAGCAGUUUGUACUUUAGAGAACUGUUCAAUGGGAACACUAAAAAUGCUUUUGAAUUGCCUGCUUCUGUUCCUCCAGCUUGUUUUCAGCAAAUUCUUUCCUUCUGUUAUACAGGGAAGCUCUCUAUGGCUGUAAAUGAACAGCUAGUGGUGAUGUACACUGCAGGAUUUUUGCAAAUUCAGCACAUUGUUGAGCGGGGCACAGACUUGAUGUUUAAAGUAAGCUCUCCUCAUUGUGACUCACAGACCACUACUAUAGAAGACCCUAGCUCUGAACCACAGAGCCCCUACAACCCAGUGCAGCCUGUCAGUGCUCCCCCUUGUGUUAUGUCUCCCUCCAUGCCCAUUCCACUACUUACACGUGUCAAAAAUGAAUCUGCGGAAGGACAAAAUGCAGCACUUCCUGGUGUUAAUACCCUGGCCCCAAAACGGCUCCCUGAUGCAAACAGGGACAGCACAGGAGUGAAUAUGGUCAAUGCUACUCCAUUGAAGGUACCAAGAGUUUCCUAUUAUGGUAUGCCUAACUAUGGUGCUUUAACUCCAAACGUACAGCAAGUUCAGUAUUUUCAAGGAGACCGUUCAAGCCCUGGGGCAUGCAGCAUUCCGACUACAGACAGUCCCACGUCCUAUCACAAUGAGGAAGAUGAUGAUGAUGACGAGGCUUAUGAAACCAUGGUGGAGGACCAGUAUGGCCAGAUAUACAUGAGAAAUGCAGCAAUAUACUCUGGUCAAGAGAAAGUAGAGCAGCUUCCAGGUUCAUUGGCACCAGAAAAUCGUUCAUGUGUGCUGAUUCGUCGUGAUCUGGUUGCACUGCCAGCUAGUCUCAUCAGUCAAAUAGGUUAUCGGUGUCAUCCAAAACUGUAUUCCGAGGGAGACCCGGGAGAAAAGCUUGAACUUGUUGCAGCUUCAGGUGUUUUUAUUACUCGAGGGCAACUGAUGAACUGUCAUCUUUGUGCAGGAGUUAAACACAAGGUCCUUCUACGACGUCUUCUUGCUACAUUCUUUGACAGGAACACACUAGCUAAUAGCUGCGGGACUGGAAUUCGUUCCUCAACCAGUGAUCCUAGUAGAAAGCCUCUUGACAGCAGAGUUCUCAAUGCAGUCAAAUUGUACUGUCAGAAUUUUGCUCCAAACUUUAAAGAAAGUGAAAUGAAUGUAAUUGCUGCCGACAUGUGUACAAAUGCCCGCCGGGUCCGUAAGCGAUGGCUUCCAAAGAUCAAAUCCAUGCUUCCUGAUGGAAUGGAAGUAUAUCGGAAUGUUAUGGGAUCUUCUCUACCUCCUGUUUCCAUAGACCCAGAUUUCCAGGGGCCAUCUGGUCCCAAUUUUGAGCAGAGAAUCUAUGCAGAAAGAAGAAGUGAAACGGGAACUCUUGGAUCUUUGAGAACUAAUGGAGUGAGUGCUGACUUAAGCAACAGCUCAAGUCAGUCUUUUGAACAGAAUGAAGAUGCAGAUGGUGCAGGUUCUGUUAUACAGGAGGUAGCUGGUGCAGAGAAUAUAGCAUCAGAAGCUCAAAGUGCUUCACCAUCAUUUGAAGACGGUUCAGGUUCUAACAGUAGACCUGAAACUCCAGUGAGACGACAAGAUGGUACUUAUGGAGGGACUUUGUAAAAUGUAUGUAGAUGUCCUGAACUCUAAGGGAUCUAUGAUACUAAAGCUGCUUGCAUGCAUUACUAAUUAAAAAUGUGAUCAAGCCACUUACCUACUGAACUGCUACUGUUGCCUGACAAAAAUGUGAUUUUUAUUCUGCUUGUAUAAGAAACUUAUGAAGGAAAGAGCCAUGUUCCUGAGGCACUAUAAAAUCGUUAGGCCUAGAGUGUCAAACGGCUCCCAUUUUGAUGAUCUUCAUUGUCAUACUAGGCUUCUGCUGGUAGCUUUGUCUGUUAUGGUCACAUGCUUUUAAACUGACAAGUCAUGUUGCUAAAGAAGCCAUCACCACUUUGUUAGUUACAGCCAGAUACAUGCAGCAGAAAUAUGAAACAAACUUGAAGGUUGUAGAAGAGCAGUAGGAUUGCCUGAUAAAAUAGCACUUUGCAGUCAUUUGAUUCUCACUGGUGAUUUUUAGGCUAAACUAGUCUUGACUUCAGUGCUGGAACUUACUGCUUCACUUCUAAAUAAUAGUGGAAUCCAUUAACUCAGUAGAGUGCAGAAUCUGAGGCAAAUUCAGUUUAGGGAUGUAUCAGAUGGUCCUACCUGUCUGUUUCAAGCUUGUGUAUCUGAAACACCCGAAUUUCACAAGGUCUUUGAUCCCAUUCUCUUUACGUAGUCCUCAUGCAGGUUGCUGAAUGCAGAAAGUACGUGCAAAGGAUAUCAUGUGGAUACUUGGUUAGACUGUGUGGCUGACUGGUUUGAUUCAUGGAUUUGCUUAUUGAGCAUUUUCUCCUCUUAAAUGUAUUCAUUAGUUAUGCUAUUCAGGGCCUAGGAAGAAAAAAAUAAAAUCUAUAUAAUAUAGUGGGUAUAAUCAGACAAAGGGAAAUGGACAGCUAAAUAAGUGUAAAGCAUAAUGAGGAGUCUAGCAGUGCAUGAAUUUAAGUACUAAGCAAUGGACGUGUGCAUCAAAGUGCCAGCUUAACAGUACUGAUACCGCACUAAGCCAAACAGGAGUGAGCCAGGCUGGUUAUGUCUUGUGGCCUUAGGGUGGUCACAGUUUAAAAUUUGAACGGUAAGAUUAGAGUUGCUGUUGGGAUGUUUUUCCUGGCAGGAGAGUUGAGGUAAAUGCACCACUGCAUAAAGCCCCGAGAGUUUGUCUCUGGUUUACUCUUGACCCUUAAAUGUCUUCUUGUAUAAAGAGCAUAAGCUAGUGGCAGUUCAUUUAGAACAGCUAUCAGGUUGCAAAGUUGUACAUCAGAAAUGCUAAAAAGAAUGGUUUAAGAAAAAAAAUGAUUGUGGUAAAGGGAGUGCACAGCAGAAACCUUCAGAUUUGUUUUAGAUGUAUAACGUAGUUGUAGAUUGAGAAGCAGGUUCAAAAGUGGUGGUUCUCAACAAGGGGAGCCUGCCUUGUUAGGCAAGAUACAAGCUUAGCAGAAGUGAAAGCAAUUUCUUAAAUGAAUAGAGUGGACACUUUAAGCAGAAUUAAGGGAGGUAUGAUAGAAUCAGAUUGUACUAAGGUUUUUGAGGACAUGCAUCCCACAAAUAGGGAUGACUUGAGAGAAAGAAGAGGGUGAAAUACCUGAAGUUAAGGAACCUCUAUAGCAAGACAUCAUGGAGAAAUCAAACCCAUCCAUCUUUCUCCUUGGCAUGACAUUGGAGUUCAUUUGUAUUAUGUCCUUACAGUGCUAUGAAACACUACCCUAUUACAAUACAUUUUGUUGAAAGUAUGCAAGUACUAUGGUAUUUAAUAACUUUGUAUCCAUUAUUAUUUUUAUCAUAUUCAGGAGCUUUUCAGUGUAUGCCAAGCCAGCACUGUAGGUGCAGUGCAGAUAAAUAUUUCAUAAGAUUAUUGCCCUUUCGAGUACAUCCUCACUGUGAGAGUUGGUAAACACUGUAAUGAUGAUGGGUUAUGUAAAACUUGCGUUUAGCUUACUUUUUUUAAGCCUCGUGUGCUGUAAGACCAUGAGUGUUUUGUUUUUUUGUUUUUUUUAUGUGCUGUCUGAUUAUGAUACAUUUCAGACCCUGCAGGACAUUUGUUGUUGCUCUCAAGGUUUGCAAGUGGUGCUGUUACAAGUAUUACUAGAUGCCACACUACAGAAAAAGAUUUUUACAUAGUACUCUGUUUCUUUCACAUUUAGAAACUUAAAAGCUGCAGUGCAGCAAAACAUUUCAAAAGAGUGUCCAGCAUCAUUUUGUAAAAUAUUUCCAGCUCAAAGACUAUAUGUUACUCCUAAAUAGUUCACUUUAAUUUUUUUUUCUUUUAGAAACUUCUGUAAAGGUCUGCAGUAUUAGUUUUAGGUGUAACAAAGUUGUUUUUUGGUGAGAAGAUUGAGUUUGCAUGUAAAAGUUGCAGUAAGGCUGAAAUGUUUCUGGCGCAGGAAAAGAGGUAUCUGUAAAGUUAAUAUUUCCCAAAGGUUUUCUCUCACUUUG